ACAGAUGGAGGCAGAGGUAGAAAUCGAGGCGUUGCAGUCAAUCUUUGGAGAUGAAAUUAGUGUUGAAACAGACCAUGAUCGAUGCGUGACCAUAGUGCGUAGAAAAGUUCGACCUAAUGAUGAGGGAGGCGUUUCGUCGGCUUCGAUUGUUGUGGAGUUCGAACUGGGUCCAAAAUAUCCAGAUGUAUCGCCGAAAGUGCAUCUUCUCAAUCCUCGGGGACUUUCCGAAGAGUCGCAUCAACAGUUGAUCGACGAUAUUCAGCGACGCCUCAAUGAAAAUGUUGGAAUGCCUAUAAUUUUCGACGUAUUGCAGGUUUGCAAAUUGUAG